UCUUGAUAUCCGUGAUUCAGAUCACUUUGAAUUGUUUGUCUGAAGUCAAGUGGAUGGAGAUGCCGGGCCUCAAGAGUGAUGGCCACUCAUACCAUAUUAAACGCAAAUAUUUGGAGUCUAACUAUCAAUUGCCCGACGAAUUUUGCGGAAAAUAUUUUACAAGUGGAAUAAAUGAGAUCCCAUUUAUAUUCAAACUCCCGGACACUGGACUGCCAUCCAGUUUCGAAAGCCCUUUGGGAUCAAUUACAUACUUCAUCGAAGCAUUAGUUGGCGAACCCAUAAUCGAUGAAAGUGUCAAAACUGAACUCACAUUUCCAGUCGAAGCUCCCUUUAAGGACAAUUUACUUCUAUCAGUCGGUGCGAGCACUGAGAAAGAGUUGGGAAUUGUAAACUUAGGCUCCGGCACUAUCCGUAUGCACGCCACGGUCUAUAAAAAGGGUCAUAUGCCA